UUGACAAUAUACACACGAUAAACACAUAUACCUCUACAUUGUGUAUUAUAAUCGAUCUUUGCCUGGCUGCCGGUUAUGUCCAAUCACAGACAGUGGUGACGUGUGUUACUAAAGAUAGAUCACGUGUAUUGUAAAAAGGUGCGGCUUUCCCUCGCUGUGCGUCAUAACUAGUAAAUAUCAGACAGUUGCACAGAUCUUUGUUUCUCUAGACAUCCUUCGACACCGACACAAUAUGGGAGCGAACACCAAACGACUGAAUAAGGAACUAAUGGCAAUGCAGAAUGAUCCACCACAGAAUUGUUCUGCCGGGCUUGUUGGCGACAACAUAUAUCAUUGGCAAGCCACAAUAAUUGGCCCAGAAGAUACACCGUAUUCUGGAGGAGUGUUUUUCCUGGAUAUGAAAUUCCCGACAGAUUAUCCAUUUAAAGCACCGAAGGUCUCAUUUAAAACAAAGAUAUAUCAUCCAAACAUCAACAGUAAUGGAAGUAUUUGUGUGGACAUCUUGCGGUCACAAUGGUCACCGGCCUUCACUGUAAAUAAAGUUUUAUUGUCGAUAAGUUCUCUAAUGGCAGAUCCAAACCCUGCUGACCCAUUGGUACCAGAAAUUGCAAAACUAUAUGAAUACGACCGACCAAAAUACAACGCAAAUGCAAUGGAAUGGACCAACAAGUUCGCACGGUGAAAACAUUUGAAACGGACAAACUUGACCUAUCCAAAUAAAUGACCUCAUACAGACGUCAAAUUCAAUGGCAUAUCCGGACGCCAUUUCCGUACCAAGCCAUCUGUGAUAUAUUUUAACAAGAUGCAAUGUGUAAUUUAAAGCUUAUGUUUAAUAAUAUCAAUGAUAGAACUUUGGUACGUAUAACACCGGUUCUCGUUACGGUAAUUACAUCUAUAACGACUCGGUUAGCCCGAGUUCCCGACUUUCAUGUUAUAAGUUUAUGCUACGCGAGUUCAUCAACAACAGACAAAACCUGGAUUUUAGAUAACACAAAAGGAUUACAUAAAGGGAAGAGAGUUUCUAAAGUUAUCAACAUUUCAAUUUAAAGCAUUCAUAUUGAAAUAAAUCUUCUUGUUCGAGAAAGUUUAUUUGAUAUAUUUUGCAAGCUUAUUGACAAACGAAUACCUGUCUAUGUAUGUUGUAUACCUGUAUUGUGUUAUAUGUGUUGAAGUGUAAUAAAGUUGUUAUUUGUGAUA